GAUCAGGUUCUCUCAUUGGUCUAUUUCCUUGCUAUAGUUGUUUUUAAACCCUCCAUAACAGUGGGCCAUGUGAUCAUGUGAAAUAGUCCAAAUAGAGGGGGUUUCAAAUCAUGGAGUUUUGAUAUUUAGUUGGGUUUUCUCUUUUAGCUUUUUAGCCACAUGGGGAACAUGCCCCACUUGUGUUUUGCCACAUUUGAAGUUUCUAUAGCAAGGGCCCUUUGUUUUUUUUGGGAGGUGGGUGGUGUUUGCCAAUGGGUCUUUCUUUGGAGGUUGGUCACAUGGGAAAAUGGGCUUUGAUUCUUUUCUUGUGUAUGUAAAUUCCAACAUGGUCUUUUAGGUCCUCCAUUGGGUUUAUAUUAGCCCCUCUUGAGCCAUUGGAAAUAUGAACAAAAAAACCCAUAUGGGCCUUUCACCAUUUCCAAUCUUCUAGCAUUAGUGUUUUUCAAGAAAUUUUUUUUUUCUUGUUUGGGUUUUUGGGUUCCUUUGAUUUUGUACUCUUUUGUUAGAAUUGGAUUGGAGGUGAUAAUGGGGAAGCUGAGUAUUGGGAAGGUAUUGGAUUGCUUUUGUCUCUCUUCAUGCUCAAAUUCAUCUUGUUUUUGCAUGAAUUCAAUGGAAGGAGAAGAUGGUAUGGAGAGGAAGUCACUGAUUCCAAGUGAAGGUGAUCGGAUGGUCAGAAUUAAAGAUAUUAUUGAUCAGAACCAUACAUUGGCUUUCCAUUUGAAGCCCAAGAUGGUAGUUUUAAGGGUGUCCAUGCACUGCAGUGGCUGUGCCAAAAAAGUUGAGAAACACAUUUCAAAGAUGGAAGGAGUGACUUCCUUUGAAGUAGACUUGGAGAGCAAGAAGGUUGUGGUGAAGGGAGAUAUUGUUCCCUUUGAAGUUUUGGAGAGUGUUUCUAAGGUUAAAACUGCUGAGCUUUGGACAUCUUACUGAAGAUUCAAUCAACAUCAUUUAAUCAAGAUCCUCUUCUACACUCAGACAGGUUUGGAGAAAGAUGGAGAGUAGAGAAGCUAAACAUGGAACAUCCAUGGAUGGUUUUCUUCCAUGAUUUGUGUCUAGCAUAUGGCCCACCUCAUUUCUACGGUCGCACGAUCCGUUCCAUGCUAAGGUUUUGGUACACCCUUGUUGAUGGAUUCCUUGUAGGGAUGAGACAUGUACAUACCAUAUGAAUGGAAGUAGGAAUUCUUCAGUUUUUGGUUUUGAUGGUCUGUUCUUCCAAGAGGGACAAUAAUCAUACCCACACAUCUUGUGGGCCAUAGACGUGCUAAAUCCAAGCCUCCCAUUUAGAAGGCCUCGCAGUGGAUGCGACCACAUUGAUAAAAAUAAAUAAAUAAAAGACCAGUCCGACGAUCCAAGGAAAAGACGGGCGGGCAGCUAUGCUCGACCAACGGUCAUCAUUCAUGUUCAAAGACAGGCGGGCCUGUCUGAUGAGCAGCCGAGAAUAGUGCACAUGUACCAUGAGUAUGGCCCCGACCGACUUUUGAAGUUGGUUCAGACCAAGCUAAAUGGGUAGCAGAAAAGUAGGGCUGUACACGAAC